CCAGCCAUUCUAUAGGUGUGGGGUCCACAUCUUCCAGAAAUUAAGAAAAAGUAACUCCCUCCCAUAAGCCUAGGUGGAUGCCAAAAGCCCAAAGGCAGGCGGAAUAUGCUUUGCUCUGCUCUGCAAAUAUCCCAUUCCCCUCUCUCUGCCUUGUUUAAACCAAAUUACUGCUCUAUAACCUUUUUGUGACAUUUUAUUAUCUGUAUCUAUAUUGUUGGUAGCUAAGCUAAUAAGCCAAAGCUAAAAGCUCAUCAUCACCAUCGCUAAAGCUUUUAACCCUUUCUUCUUGGAUUCUUCCCACUCCCUUUGCCUUUCUUUCUAAUCAAAAACCAUGGAGCUUGUCCACGAGCUCUUCUUGACGGCCUCUCUGGCUCUUCUUCUCUCUUUCCUUGUCGCCAAACUCGUAGCCUUUGCUCUGGCUGGCGAUUCUAGGCACCCUGACUCUGAAUUGAAAUCGAGUUCUGUUUCUGAUGAAGGUGUUGUUGAGGCGGAGAAAACUUGCGAAGAUAGUUUGACGGUUCGGGGUUCCGAAAGCGAGAGCAGGGUAGUUGAAUUUGUUAGAGAAGCUGUGGAAGAAGAGGUUGAUCGGUUCCCAGGAAAACCAGAUCAUCAUCAUCAUCAUCAUCAGGUUGAGGAGAUUUCCGAACAAGUGCAGCAUCGUCGAGAGGAAUUGCUGGAGGAAGGUUCAGGACAACAAUCUGAGGCUGUUGUGUUGCCGGAGAAGCUAUCGGACGGCGAGGAAACUGCGUCGGCUGAGAAAGUUUGUGACGUUGAUCCUCGAGGAGUCAAUGAGGGUCAUAUCGAUGACUCUGUGGAAGAAACUUUGGGGAACAGAGGAAUAGACGUGAUUGGGGGAGAGUCGGCGGCUGAUGAAGAAGAGGUCAGUGGUGUGGUCGACGAAUCGAAGGGAAAAGAUGAAGUGCACGAGGUGGGGAUGCAUAAUGACAGCGAGGAUGACGAUUGGGAAGGGAUUGAGAGAAGUGAGUGGGAGAAUGAUUUCGCUGCGGCGGUGAAAUUUGUGGAGUCUCAGACUGGGGCUAAGGGCGAUGAUCGUUUGGUGGAUGCUGGGAGUGACGUGCAGAUGGAAUUGUAUGGACUUCACAAGGUUGCCACUGAAGGGCCUUGCUACGAGUCUCAGCCUAUGGCUCUCAAGCUAUCUGCUCGUGCUAAGUGGAAUGCUUGGCAGAGGUUGGGGAACAUGAGUCCAGAGAUGGCAAUGGAGCAGUAUAUCACCAUUCUUUCAGAUAACAUUCCAGGGUGGAGGGAAGACCAUUUGGCGGGGGAAGAUAAACCAGAAUCCUCGAAGGAAAAAAUAACUAUUCAGCCUGGUUCAAGCACAUGUUUCCACAAUCAACCAAAUGAAAGGGAACUAGAACUGAAGUCCAGUGUUGAUGGAGGUGGUUUAACCAGUGGCUCACACCUGGAGAGCAAGGCUUUAGGAUGACAUGGUCGCUUUUCUUCUUAGUCUCCCGGGCAUAGGUGCUACUCUGGGUUUGCCUGACUAGAAACAGGUUAAUACUUGUGGCAAGUAUAAAUUAUGUGCUUCGAGUAUCUGUGGGUCCUGGGUUGAUUGAUUAUACUAUUAUUUAUUUGUUCUACAUUUAUUGUAACUUUGUGUGGUUAUCAAAACUGUUGACAUAUGCGUUGUAUAUAUAUAACUUACCGUGUUUGUCGCU